CCGGCUGUUUGCGUGUCCUCGUCUGUCAGGCGUGGUUACAGCGUGCGCGUCCACGAGAGGGAGGAGGAGACUCCUCGAAUGCGCUGCUCAUCCACCACAGACGCAGUAAGAUGGCCGCUGAUAGAUUUUCCAGAUUUAACGAAGACCGGGACUUCCAGGGUAACCAUUUUGACCAGUAUGAAGAUGGACACCUGGAGAUUGAGCAAGCUUCUCUGGACAAGCCAAUUGAACCGGAUAACAUUGGACACAGACUACUACAGAAGCAUGGCUGGAAACUUGGGCAAGGACUUGGGAAAACAAUGCAGGGCAGGACAGACCCUAUCCCGAUUGUCCUCAAGUACGAUGUCAUGGGAAUGGGACGCAUGGAGAUGGAGUUGGACUAUGCAGAGGAUGCCACAGAGCGCCGCAGAGUUUUGGAAGUGGAGAAAGAAGACACAGAAGAACAAAGACAGAAAUACAAGGAUUUUGUGGACAAGGAAAAGGCGAUAGCAAAGGCCCUGGAGGAGCUACGGGCCAACUUCUACUGUGAGCUGUGUGACAAGCAGUACCAGAAGCACCAGGAGUUUGACAAUCACAUCAACUCCUAUGACCACGCACACAAGCAGAGGCUUAAGGACUUGAAGCAGAGAGAAUUUGCCCGCAAUGUAUCGUCUCGCUCAAGGAAGGAUGAGCGCAAGCAGGAAAAGGCUUUGCGUCGGUUACUGGAGCUAGCAGAACAGCGUAAGCAAGCAGAAUGCAGUGCUCCGGGUAGUGGUCCCAUGUUUAAAGCCACCACGAUUGCUGUUGACGAGGACGGCGUUGAAGAUGAUGAUACAUCGAUAGGUUUCAGCGUAGCAGCUCAAGAUAGUCCUAAAUCUACACAGGAAGAAAAGGUGCCUCAAACAUCUUCUGUGGCGCAAUCUGUUGCCCCAGCCGUCAGCUUUGGAUUCAAAAGCCCAGCUAACGCAGCUUCUCAACAGAAACUGGGCUUUUCUUUCUCUUUUGCUAAAAAAACUCCACUGAAGUUAGAAUCUUCAGCUGCAGUCUUCAAAGAUGUCGGAGAAGAGGUAGGACUAGUGGAAGAGGAAAAAGAGGAGGAAAAAGCACCUCUUGAUGUUUUGGGGAGUCUUAAGGUUGGUGAGGUGGAAAGCAGCAAAGCAAUUGACGAUAAAGCAGCAGCAGACGAAGAAGAAGAAGAAACUCAAGUUGAUAGUGGUGCAUCCCUUGCAAGCACUUUAUCGAAACUGAAGAAGAUGAAAGGUGAGGAAAGAGUGGGGCAGGCUGGGGAGCCAGAGUAUUAUCACUACAUGCCACCUGCACACUGUAAAGUAAAACCUAACUUCCAGUUCUUGCUCUUCAUGAGAGCCACAGAACAAACUCAAGCUGAGAAUGUUGUUCAAAAGGAAGAAAAAAAAACUGCUUCCCCAAGCAAGGUCAAAACUGGGAAAUCCCCAGAGAAUAAAUCUGAAAUGUCUUCAGUUACUGAGGCAAAGGCAGCAGCAUUGCAGCAGGAGACCAGCGCUACUUUCAGUGAUACUAAAGCAGAAAAAAAAGAAAGUGCAGCUGUAGUUGAUCAGGCAAAGGCUAACCUUAAACUAAGCGAAGAGCCUGCCAAGGAGUCAGAGGUGCCGAAAAAGGAACAGCUAGAGAGGCCCAAGCAUCCAACUGGUCCUUUUUUUCCAGUCCUGAGCAAGGAUGAAAGUACUAUCCUACAGUGGCCCUCUGAGCUCCUGAUAUUCACCCAGACUGAUCCACCCAUCUCCUAUAGUUGCAAUCCUUUAUACUUUGACUUUAAGCUUUCCCGGAACAAAGAUGGCAAGGGAACUGAGAAAUCCAAGGAUAUUCCAGAGACAAGCAAAGAUACUCAGUCUGUUAAUGAGCAAGGUAAUAGUCCCGGUUGUACGGCUGAAGUCAAGAAGGAAGUCAACUCAGCGGUGCACACAUGCAGGACCCCGUUGAAACCUACCACUUCUGUUACAGGGGAAAGUAAACCUGAACACACUCAAGAUGAAAGCAAAGAGGAUGCUACUGGGAAGUCACACAAGCACAAGAAAAAAAAGAAACACAAGAAGAGUAGCAAGCGCAAACGUAAACAUAGGGAAGCAGAGGAAGGAGUCGAGCCGAAAUCCAAGAAAAGAAAGAAACACAAGCACAAAAAGUCAAAGAGUGCUUCCCAAACCACAGUAAAGUUGGAAGAGACUGAGGUUGUAAUGUCUCCAACAGAGAUGAGUUGCACUAGAGAGACUGCUCCAAAAAAACCACUAGAUGAUAAUAUAGCUGGAGCAGCUGCUAGCAACACUAAACCAGAGCCUGCAGUCUCCUCUAAAGACCCACCGAAGAAUAAAAAGACCAAAGCAGAACAUAACCCAACACCCCUUCUUAGCCUUCCACUUGCUCCAUCCUCCUCCUCCUCCCAUCGGCAUGGCCCCAACAAGGCCAGGAGUCGGCAAAGCAGUGGAGAUUAUGACAGCGAAGAUGAUGCCUCCUCAAACAGGAAAAAAUCCAUGUCCCGAUACAGCGAUGAGGACGAUUCAACCAGUGACCGCUCCAGGAGCCGAUCAAGAUCAGCAAAAAGGGGCCGCUCUUACUCCUCCAGCUCUGGAGGGUCCACAGACAGAAGCAGAUAUAGCCGCAACCAAAGUUACUCUGACAGUGAUUACAGUGGCUACAGCAGCGGCUCAAGACACAGAUCCAAGCGUUCACCAGGCUCAGACUCGGACUCUGCAGCUUCUAAGAGACAUUCCACUAGGCGUAAAUACUCUUCAUCUGAUUACAGUAGGAGUAGAUCAAGAAGUCGAAGCCGCUCUAGGGGGAGUAGGGGUAGAGGCAAAGGGAGGUCAAGUAGUAGCAGUCGAAGUUGCAGCAAAAGGAGAAGCCGGAGUCUAACCAGUCAUAGCUGGAAGCGGAGCCGGAGCUACAGUAGAGAUCGGAGCACUAGUGCCCGCAGCCACUCUGGAAAAGGAUCACGUGGGAGAGAUAGCGUUGACAGCCGUAGAGGUGACAGGAGGGACUUCAAUAGAUCUAAAAUAUAUAGAUCACAGUCCCCCCAUUACAGCCGAUCAAGAAGCAGAAGAGAAGGUAGUCGAGGGACUGAAUCAAGAGGUGCCAGUGGUUCCACAUUUCCUCGCAGGAGCACUGAAAAAGAUGUGGGGAGAGGCUCACUGACUGCUAAGCAGUUACUGGAAAAAAUCCGGUUAAGGCGAAUGGAGAAAAACUCGUGCACUGGAGACGAAGGCAGCUCUGGUAGCAGUAAGCCUGGGGCUAAAGUAAAAGACCCUCCUCAGGGAUAUUUUGGCCCCAAGCUACCCCCUGCAAUUGGUCCUAAACCACAGACGUUACCGCUAAUUGGAAAACUUCCAGCGACUCAAAAAGUUGGGGCGCCUCGCAAGGGAGAGAAUGAAACAGGAGAUCUGCCAGAAACUGUAGAAGUAGAGCAGGAGCAAGAAGGGAAGUCUGUUAAAAUGGAAAACCCUAUAGUACCUGAUCCUCCUGCAAGUAACACAGAGCACUUGAACCCUGAAGCAACAGUUUGUUUCAACCCUCCUCCACCAGGUUUUGGAGAGGGCACAGAACAGCAUCCGCUAGGCAAUGGAAAUUUGCCAUUUCCACCGAUUCAAGGAAGUUUGAUGCCCCCACCUCCUGAGACCGAGUUCUUCCACCCACCCACUUAUCCACCCAUAGCAGUAGAUCCAGGUUCAGGCCGUACUGUAGGGGAAGAUGAUAAUGAAGAAGAGGAUGAAGAUGAAGAUGAUGGUUCAUUGGCCCCACUGGAGAGCCAGCCAAUCACUUUUACCCCUGAGGAAAUGGAGAAGUACGGCAAACUACAGCAGGCAGCUCAGCAGCAUAUUCAACAGCAGCUUUUGGCCAAACAAGUUAAGAACUUCCCAGCUGGUGCCAUUACACCGGCUCUCCAAUCUGUUUCCCCAGCUCUGCAGCCUAUUCACAUACAUCAGGCGCCCCCGCAAGCAUCUGCCACCUCCAUUACCACUGUUCAGCAUGCUAUUUUACAGCAUGCCGCCGCCGCUGCAGCUAUUGGCAUUCCACAGCACCAUCAACACUUAGCCCAAAUGCACCAUAUCCCUCAGCACCACUUUGCUCCAAUCUCCCUUUCACAUCUAACUCAUUCCCUCUUCCCUGGCCAUCCAGGUGCCUUUCUUGCUAGUCAUCCCAUACACAUCAUCCCUGCCUCCGCUCUUCACCCUGCUGGACCCCUCACCUUUCACCAUGUUCCCCACGCUGCCCUUUAUCCAACUUUGCUUGCUCCUCGGCCUGCAAGUGCCGCUGCUGCUGCCACUGCUUUGCAUCUUCACCCUCUACUUCACCCUAUUUUCUCAGGCCAAGACCUGCAACACCCACCAAGCCAUGGGACAUGAAAUGCACACCUCUCCUAAUUGUUACAAGUCCACCUGAUAUAUCACUAGGGUGUCUGUGUAUGACACAGCUGGUACUAUCCACAAAUGAAGACCACACUACCCUUCCAUACUCACUCCACUUUCCAGCUGGGGACAAUGUAGGGCACAUUCUGUGGAUCAUUGUCAUGUUUCUUACAUUAUUUCAGAUUAGCUGUGCUCCUCUUUUCCUUUUAAGUACACCCUUGGUAAUUAGGCUAGCCCUUAAAAGAUAAGUAAACCUUAAAAAUAAUUGAAUGUGAAAUUGAUGAGUGCUGUUCUAAGCACUUUUGCAAUGUACAUUCAUUAUUUAUUCUUUUUUAAUUCCAAGAUAUUAAGGGAUACAUGUACUGUUCAUAUGAAUUAUUUUUUUUUACAACAGCGCCACCUGCUGGUCGUUUUCCCACCGGUCUGACCACCAAGUAGUCAAGGAAGUUGUCAGGAGAAAAAAAGAGGCUGCUCUGAUGUUCUUCUGCUUAGGAAAGAUGUGAGAAAGGUUUCUAAUUUUAUUCCUAAGCAGAAGAA